ACAGGAGACAGGGCUUCAUCUCUGUUUCCCAGCAUUCCACUGGCUGCCUGAUAUGGGCACAACUGAUCAAGGGUAGGGGUGUCACAGUGAGCCAGCAAGAAACCGGACACCUUCCCCCUCUUGUACAUGCAUACAUUUUCAGCUGCAAACCAACCCAGGCCCCAUCGUCCUGUUCUAGCACUGGGGCAGAGCGACUGCCCGCUGCCUCGAGAGACUGGAAAUCCACAUAAGAACAGCACAGAGACAUGGAGACGGUGGCGUCUCAUCUUCUCAGCUGUGGUUUCGCUCUCCUAACAUAGUUUCCAGUGAUUGUGGGGUCAGCAGGGGCACACGGCAAUGUCUCUUCCACUGGAUAUACGCUCUGACCACAAAGAAUCCUCGAUGGGGACGCUGGAGAAACAACUCAUCUGUCCCAUCUGCAUGGACGUGUUUACGAAACCAGUCGUGAUUCUGCCCUGUCUGCACAACCUCUGCCGCAAGUGUGCCAAUGAACUGUACCAGCCAGAGUAUAUAAGCAGCAGCUUACCUCUCUUCAGUCUCCGCUGUUCCAGCAUCCCUCCACCUCCCCAAACUCAAUCUUCAUCUCAGCCGUCUCUCUUUCAGGUUGGAAUCGGAGGCCGUUUCCGCUGCCCUACCUGUCGAAGUGAUGUUGUCUUGGACCGUCAUGGAGUUUAUGGACUGCAGCGCAAUUUACUUGUGGAGAACAUUAUUGAUGUUUACAAACAGGAGUCUGAAAGCUCUAGGCCUCCACCACCGAAGCCUCCUGCAGAGUUUAACUGUGCAGAGCAUGAAGAUGAGAAGCUUAAUAUUUAUUGCCUCACGUGUCAGGUGGCCACCUGCUCUCUCUGUAAGGUGUUUGGGGCACACAAGAACUGCCAAGUAGUCCCCCUGCCUGAUGUUUACCAGCAGCAGAAGGCUGAACUCAGUGACAGAGUUGCUUGUUUGGUUUCCACAAAUGACCGUGUUCAGACAUUUGUUGAUGAACUAGAGGCACUCUGCAGGAACAUAGAGGAAAACAGCAGGAUUCAGAUACAGAUUCUGUGUGAGAAGUUUGAUCACAUGUCUACCAUUCUGGAGGAACGUCGUAAGAUCAUGAUCCAACAAAUCACUUCUGAGCAGGAACAAAAGACUGGCUGGACCCAGUAUUUACUGCAAACCUACAAUGAGCAUGUGGACACAAACUCAAAGUUGAUCCAGGCAGCCCAGAAUGCCAUAGAGGAGCCAGAGAUGGCUUCUUUUGUCCAGACCUCAAAAGAUCUUAUCGAGAAGGUUGGUAAAGCAUCUAAUUGUUUCACUCUGGAGACACUGGAUCCUGAUUAUGAGAACAUGGAUCACUACAAAGUGGAUUUCGAUGCAGAAGAGAGAGUUCUGUAUCAGCUGGAUUUCAUGGAGAUUGAAGAAGAAGUGGAGGAAACACCUGAAGAACUGGAGUCAGAACCUGAAUCUGAACCUGAACCAGUGCUGACCCCAGAACCUGACCCUAAACCAGAUCAGGAUCUGAAAUCAGAGGCUUCUGAGAUGAUGAAUCCCACACCAGAGACAACGGAGGACACUUGGGGACAAGUAGAUGCCUGUGGAGACAUCAGAAAAGUGGCUGUUUGUGAGAAGAAUAGCUUAAGCACUUCUCAGGUUGUCACUCUAGUCCUUUAUUUCCUGGCCUUUCUGGUCAUCCUACAGCGAAUAUGGGGAAGCAUUCAAUACCUUAUUUGUAUAUAGGAGAGGUGAAGUCUAAUAAAGCUCACGUUGUUUUGAAUAUAAAAACAAAGUCACAGAUUUUUUGUUUAAAUUGAGUAAGAUUUAAGAAAAGACUGGAUUGGUAAAAUGUAUCUAUGCUCAUGCAUGAAAAUAAAGUCACUUUACCAAAUUGUCUGCCGACUGGCAAACCUGUGAGCUCCACACUACAAGGACUGAGCCCUCCAGUGGUCACCAGUGAGCCAAUUCAUCUCUUUAUAAUAAAUUCUCCUUCUCCUUCAAUGACUUACCAAUAAGAAGUGACCCUUCUGCUCAAAGCAACAAUGAUGACAGAAUAGGGUCAUGUGGACCAUUUCCUCUAUUUGGUUCUUGACAAAACCUUCCCUGUGUUUGUGCAAAAUGUGCAAAUGAUUAAAACAUCAUGUCUACUUA